UAAUUGUUUUCUUUCGGCGACAGUGCAGGUAUAAGAGACUAACCUCUAUUGCUCUUCGUCGCCGUUGCUUUUUCCAGAGUGAGGAACUUCAGAUCCAAACAUGUUUAAUCGCAAAGCAAUGGUGAAGAAAAAACAAGGCAUGGUGGAUGCCGUUGAUGAUCCUGACCUGAGCCUUACAAAGAUCAUGAAAGAUGUUCAGCUCUUUGCUAGCUCACAUAUGACAUGGAAGGAUAAUAAAGCAUUGGAGAAUCAGAAAGUCACUCAACUUGGUGGAAAGCCUGAAAAGAAACAGAGGCUACCCCUCAGUGUAGCACGUGUACAGAUGAAGAAACAGAAAGAAAGAGAAGAUAAGAUGUUGGAACAGAAUAUGAUUAUUGGACAAUAUGGUGGUACAAGUAGGAAGAAACCUGCAGAGAAGAAGCGUAAGCCAGAGGAGAGAGUCUUGAAAUCAACUUUCGGGAAUUUCAGGGGUGGUGUUCUUGAUGUUAAGGAUUUGCUACGUUUUGGUUCUGCAAGAAGUAAUGACGGAUAUAACAAUUACGGUAAGAACACGAACAAGUCCAAUUUGUCCAAAGGCAUUGGAGGAGGAGGAGACAUCAAGAAUAAUAGAAAGAAGGCGGUAAAAGGAAAAGGAAAAAGCAAGUAAUCCAUUUUAGCUGUGUAAGCCAUUUUUUCAUAUUAAAGGUUAGGGAGGAAAAACAUAUUGGCGCAAUGAUCAUCUGAUAAUAAUAGUUACACAUUAAGAACUGUAA